ACAAAAAAAAAAAAAGGAAAACACAUAAAAGUGUUAAAUCUUUACUUUAACAAAAAAAAAAUCAUGAAGUAAACUAAAGAAAGUUUUAUCAAUUUGAAAAAUUAUUUUAAUUUUUUUUUUGAGAAUUGAACGUUUAAUAUAAAGAGAAUGUAUAUUUUAAAAAAAAAUAAACGUAUACAUUUUAGCGAAGUGAAUAAAGAAAAAAAAACAAUAUGCAAAAAGGAAUGAGGCAGACCAUCUAAAAUUACGGUGAAAAAAUUGCUGUAGAAAUUACAAUUUUUUGGUUGGUGGUUGGUUGGGUUGCAAAGUGUUAGCGCAUACUCAAGUAUCCAGAAAAUUAGAACGUUGGAAAAUAAUCUUAAGAAGUAUGGAUACUUUUUUUAAAACAUUUCUUUUUAAAAGGACAGUAGAAUAAAUGUAAGUGUUAAUGUUGUUUGCAGGAUUGACGUUAAAAUAAUCCGGUUAACUGAAUAAACAUAUAUCCGAUUGGAUUAGAGAGCCGACUACGUGAUAGACAGAAAAGUCAAGGAGGUAAAUUAUUUUCCAACAUUUGGGGCUCAAAAAAUGACGAUAGCGCCUUGAUGUUGAACCCUGAGGCUACUUAGGGUUAAGUACGUAAAAGUAGAAGAUGAGGGAGAGGGUAGAUGGCCCCACCAGCACAAUUGACGUUCCCGCUGACAAUGCUACCACUCAUUUACUACCAAAAUAUUGCUAUUCUCUACUUAAACAUGAUACAGCACUAUCAGCAUAGUGCCAUUCUCUACUUAAACAUGAUACGCCACUAUCAGCAUACUGCUAUUCUCUACUUAAACAUGAUACGCCACUAUCAGCAUACUGCUAUUCUCUACUUAAACAUGAUACAGCACUAUCAACAUACUGCUAUUCUCUACUUAAACAUGAUACAGCAUUAUCAGCAUAGUGCUAUUCUCUACUUAGACAUGAUACGCCACUAUCAGCAUAAUGCUAUUCUCUACUUAAACAUGAUACAGUACUAUCAGCAUACUGCUAUUCUCUACUUAACCAUGAUACAGCACUAUCAACAUACUGCUAUUCUCUACUUAAACAUGAAACAGCACUAUCGGCAUACUGCUAUUCUCUACUUAACGAUGAUACAGCACUAUCAGCAUACUUCUAUUCUCUACUUAAACAUGAUACAGCCUUAUCAGCAUACUGCUAUUCUCUACUUAACGAUGAAACAGCACUAUCAGCAUACUGCUAUUCUCUAAUUAAACAUGAUACAGCACUAUCAGCAUACUGCUAUUCUCUACUUAAACAUGAUACAGCAUUAUCAGCAUAGUGCUAUUCUCUACUUAAACAUGAUACGCCACUAUCAGCAUACUGCUAUUCUCUACUUAAACAUGAUAAAGUACUAUCAGCAUACUGCUAUUCUCUACUUAAACAUGAUACAGCAUUAUCAGCAUAGUGCCAUUCUCUACUUAAACAUGAUACGCCACUAUCAGCAUACUGCUAUUCUCUACUUAAACAUGAUACAGCACUAUCAGCAUACUACUAUUCUCUACUUAAACACGGUACAUCCCUUUCAAAAUACUGCUCUUCUCUAAAUGAAAUAGCAAAACGAAAUAUGUGGAAGCUAGAAGAAGGGCUCUAUGCCGAAAUGUCCAAAUCUUUCUGUCCUGUUCUCUAAUUCAAGCUUCCACAUACCUCGUUUUGCUAUUUCAUUUAAUAGACAUUUACAGUCCUUUAAUUAUUAUAUGCUUUUCUCUACUUAGCCAUACUAUAACACUUUCAACAUAGUAAUAAAUUUCACUUUUUAUUGUGGUUUUAUUUAACAUCACUUUAAAUAAUAGUAUGUAAAUUGUGAAAUUUAAUCAUACAAUCGUCAUAACAAAAUCAAUUGAAAAAAAAAUCACUUUUUUAUUUAAUUAUAUCACGUUAUUUUGGUUACUAAUUAUUUUUUUUUAAAAACUUCUACUUCUGAUGAAAGUCCUUAAUAAAACAAAUAAACAUUUAUAUAAUCUUU